AUGACAUUGCACCAGGAAAGUAUGACAUUGCACCAGGAAGAGAUACUGGAAACAACAAUCAUCGGUUUUCCAGAGCCGCUAGGAGAACAAACGUUAGAAGAAAUAAAUGACAUUAACAGUCCUAUCUUCGGUGUCCCAGAAUGCCUUAUCUCAGCAAACAACGAUCUCGAAGACGAGUACGAAUCAACCCUGCCUCCCCCGACACCUCUCCCGACACCCCCUCCAACCCCUCCCCUAGUAGUUCCAAAUGGGCUGUAUUCGACAAGCUUCACGUUAACAACCCGUCCAACAGGAACUGAAAUGAUGAAUGCCAUGACCACAGGUACUGUUCCAGGAGCAAAUAACGAUCAGUUAACCCAUGCACCUGAUGAUAUCACAUGGAUCCCCACCCAUAGAGGGGUGGAAGCCCAAUGGGAUGGAAUACCCUUUGACCCAACAGGAAAAACAAACGGAGAACUUUGCGAUUUCCUCCGCCCAGGACAACCUUAUGUGAUCAGGGGUAUAAGGGAAAAGUUCUACGAACUAAAUCCCUUCGCAGAUAAUGCAAACCCCACUCCAUCGGAAAUCGAUCUUUGGAAUAUAGAAGUGAUCCGUCACUUCAGAGCCCUCCUAGGUGUGACAACACCUGUCCAACCCGACGGACGUUUAUAUUUGGAAAGCCGCUGGGCAGAUGAACGCAAAUACACACAAACAUGGGACACGAAAUACCCCAGAACCGGUGUACCAGGUGCGCAUAACGGAGUGUGUUUUCAAGCCAAUGGAGACCCAAUAGAUAUCGCAGGAGGACAUUGCGGAGAAUCCUUUUUCGUCGAUGCAACGGAUCGAGCUACCUACAUUUCCGCAUCCCCGUAUCAGAAUGAUUUCUCAACCUACCCAGAACUCGCAUCGUACAAUACACGUUUCGCACAAACCAGUGGCUUAUCGGGAGCCCCAGCAUACCUCCCUUGGUCGAUGAAAUUUCCAUGGAUCAUAGCCAAUUUUAUUUGCGGUGAAGGGCUGGGAGGUCAUGCAGGACCGUACGUAGGCCCCGAUGCUUGUCCGUUUUUCGGGUGCUCGUUCUGGCGAGAGGAUCCAGCAGCCAACUGGGUAAAUUUCAGAGGAAAGUGGAGUGGGUAA